AUGGUUUUCCUAUGCAAGAAGUGCAAGAAGGCUUUCCGCAAGGACAUGACCCAAUACGAGGAGGCCGACGAAUACUGCCCCCACUGUGACAACCACUACGUUAUUGAGGCCAAGGAACCGAAACCUAUGCUUGGCGUCGAGGGAGAGGACGCCCGCGUCGACAACCGUAUGCUCAAGGAUGACCGCGAAAAGGAACGGGAGGGAAGAAGCUUGUUCGGCCGGGAUCUCAGUGACAAGAUUGAGACCCCUAUCUGGAAGACUCAGCAGCAGUGA